UAUUGAGGCAGUUCUAAUGGCUGCCCCGGCGCUGUAAUAAGAGGCAACGGUGCAGUUUAAACGCCGGGUUUAAUUGGGAUUUAGUGCCCCUUUUGGACGCGAGCACACGUCAGGAGAAAGCCAAACUCUCGGAGAGACCGCGCGUAAUUACGCACCGGCAAUCAGUGAAAAAUACAUCCAAGAUUUUCCACAGUGGGAUUCAUCUUAACUGCAGCCGGUGUGUCCGUCCGUGUCCAAAACAGACUGCAUCCAGGGGACGAAAAAAAAAAAAAAAAGAACAGCAGGAGGAGAUCCAGCAGGAGAGACACGCCGAGAGAGAGCAGUUCUUAGGAGCUUUCUGGAAGCCGUUUGCGUGCAUUAAAACAUCAAGAAAAAGGAGGAAAUCUUUCGGUCAGAUUGCAGGGGAACGUUGGAGAGACACCGUCACGUGACCCCCGGUACCAAAUGGUCUUCCGGCAGUGGCUCUCAAUAAGGACCGGAGCACAAGAAGACGCCGCCACCUCUCUCAGAAAUGCAGAAGACAACAUACUACGACAACUCCUCGACGCUUUUCGGUGGCUACUCGUCCUACCAGGUGCAGGGGGCGGCAGCGGCGGCGGCGGCAGCCGCCAAUGGCUUUGGGGGCUACGAUGCCCCGGUCCCAGUGUCCCACCACCAGCCGGCCUUCCAGUCGGCCACCCAUCUGGACGUGGAUUCGUACCAGCGCUCUGCCUGCUCUUUGCAGUCACUGGGCAGUAGUGGUGGCCACCAGCAGCAGCAGCUAGCCAAGACCAAGGAGCUGAAUGGCAGCUGCAUGCGGCCCAGCCUGCCGCCUGAGCACCACCCCGGCUCCCAGGUGUCCCCUCCACUGCCCCCCAACCCCAGCAACGGCAAUACUGGGGCUCAGCAGCCGGGUGGCAGUGCUGGGGCCUCCUCGGUCUCCAAAUCAGGCCCCAAUAAGUCCUCCAAUUCUUCCUCCUCCACAUCAUCCUCUACAUCGUCCUCCUCCUCACUGCCGCCCAACCCAGCCUUGGCCAAGCAGAUCUUUCCCUGGAUGAAGGAGUGUCGGCAGACAACAAAGCAGAAAAACUGUUCACCCAGCAACAACUCUGGCAACGCGUCAGGAGGAGCUGAGAGCGGGAGCAGCGGCGAGAAGAGUCCCACCGGAGGCUCGUCGGCGUCUUCUAAGCGGGCUCGUACGGCGUACACCAGCGCCCAGCUGGUCGAGCUGGAGAAGGAGUUCCACUUCAACCGGUACCUGUGCCGGCCGCGGCGCGUGGAGAUGGCCAACCUGCUCAACCUGUCCGAACGCCAGAUCAAGAUCUGGUUCCAGAACCGACGCAUGAAGUACAAGAAGGACCAGAAGUCCAAGGGCCUGAGCUCCAGCUCCGGGGGGCCCUCACCGACGGGCUCCCCUCCUCUGCCCAUGCAGUCUUCCGCCAGCUUCCUCAACUCCAUGCACCCCAUGGGAGGGGGAGGCGGAGGAGGGGGCCCCGGCUACGACGCCCCGUCUCCGCCGUCCUUUGGCAAGCCCCACCAGGGAGUGUCUUACUCCAUGUCCACUGCCUAUUCCAACGUCCCCAUGAAGGGCUGCCCCCCCCAGCAGAAGUAUGGCGCCCCGGACCCAGACUAUGGCGAUCCCCAUCCCCACCACAGCCUAGUGCAGGCCAACAGCGCUGGCUACGGGACUCCCACCAACAUGCAGGCCAGUCCAGUGUACGUGGGGGGUGGCAGCUAUGUGGAACCCAUGCCUGGCUCGGGGCCCUCCAUGUACGGGCUAAACCACCUCGGCCCCACGCCACCCCACCACCAAACCAUGGACUACAAUGGCGCAGGGCCCAUGUCGGCCGCCAACCAGCACCACGUGGGCGGAGGGGGCCCCCCGGGCCCCUGUGACCCGCCCACGCACCCGACGUACACCGAGCUGUCGGCGCACCACACCUCGACUCAGGGCAGAAUCCAGGAAGCACCCAAGCUCACUCACCUGUAGCAGGUUUGGAAUAAAAUGACACCGUAGGAAAUAGUGAAGACGACACAGUAACACGACCCGACUCACUAACAGACUCACAGGCGUGGGGACUCUACUGCUGCAACGGGGCGGCAGGAGGGACCAGACAAGACGGACCGGAACCAUCCGGCGGUUUGUCCUGUGCUCUACAGCCACAGAGGGGAACAGUCGGUGCUGUCCAGCCUCCACCCUGUUUUCACUGCCUUCAUAAAGAGCGGCAUCAAAUCUGAUUAGGACGAGUGCUUCCCCUGCUACCUUGGAAGAGCAGCUAAUUGAAUUUAGAGAAGACAGGUUGCGACUAGUAUCAAGUAGCACAGAUGGACCAAACCAUUCAUGUUGCCCAAUAAGUUAAUAAAAGGCACGUCUCUGCAGCAGAACUAUCCAACAUUUUUAAGGGGAUUUUUUUAAGCUUUGACUAAAGUCUGAAGGGAACAAAUCUUUAAACCACUUACUGGUGUACCAUCAGAGUUUUAACUCAGCGUACACAUUGUUUUAGAGCACAUUAACAGACGUUUGUCCUUCAUUCUACAACUCUGGAGUGAUCCAACAGAUGUUUACAGCUCGUACACCAGCCCGUUAACACCAGUGUAUUUACUGGUCCCAGGGCAGCGAGGCGUGUUGUCGGUGUGGGAGGUGAGGUGUACCGUCGACUGUCGCCCAGGAACACCUCCCUCCCUCCCAACCCAUCCCCAAAUGUCAGGGGGCUGGACUCGUGGCACCGGUGCAGAGACGCACCGCCGGCACCGUUGUUCAGUCGCUUUUCACUAGACUGAUAAAGUACGGCACAGUUAGUCUGAGCUGCAGGCUGCUGGGUUCCAGCAGAUGUUAGAAGGACAAAUGUUGAAGAAAAUUAGUCAGAAACAACCAGAAGAAAUGUGAAAUGAAAGAAAAAUGUCUUUGUUAAAUUUAAGUCACUCGUUAAAUAGCUGCAGCAUUAAUACUGAGUGAUUAAAAAGCCCGGCUCCGUGGUUUCUAAUGCCUUCCUGGGCUUUCCAAACAGCUUCAGUGUGGGUGGAGCAGUAGUUCAGAUAGCAUGUAGUAAAAAACCCAGCCUAUAAUCACUCUGUUAGAGCUAGUAUGUGGUUUAAAAUUAUACUUUGAUAAUAAAAUGUCCCCCCUAAGACACACAUAUACAAACAGCUAUCCCGCCUGCUAAAUGAAAUAGUUGAGAUUUUAAUGGGCAGUUAACGAGGUGGUUAGAUUUAUGACGCUGAGCUCUCUCCCCCUCCAGGCAACACAUGUUGUUGUCAGCGAGCUGAGCUAUGUGGAGGCUCUGCCUCUCCAUCAGCCGCACACAGGCAGCCGGAGCAGGAGGCUAUGGCUGGAGCUGGCAGCACUCAUCCUCCUCCGCUCCCCGUCUCACAGAGCACACUGAACCGCCGGACGGCCUCCCCUCGCCGUCUCCUCGUGCCUCCUGCCGUCCCGUCUCUGUCCGUCCAGACCAGUCACUACUAACCCACCGUCUCCUGUCUGUGGCAGCAGCACAUGGCUUCUGAAGGAGGCUACACUUCCCACAAUCCCCCACAGACUGCCCCCCCACCCCCCC